AUGGCCCUCUCCGGUGUGUCUCUCUGCCCCUACAGGUCUCCGCUUCUACACGGACGCUGCCCCUUCCGUGGGUUUUUGGGGGAUUCUUCCAGGACCAGUGGUUCGUCGGCCGUGGCCCGCUACUUUCCCCGGAGCAUUUCCUCUGCCCUACACGAGACAUUCCCAGUGGUCGUGGCCUGCGCGCUGCGGAAUCACACGUGGCAGAGAAAGAGGAUCUCUGUCAUGCGUGAUCAUCUCGACGUAGUGGAAGCAUUAAACAAAGCUCUAUACAGCCCACUCCUUCAGGAUAGGCGCUGCCACGCGCGCGACCUCGCUGGGGCUCCCCCACUCUUCCUCUGCAAACGGCUGGGGCGCUGGUCCUCUUCGGCUUCUCCACCUACAUCAGGCCAGAUGCGACCGCUAUCAUGGCAGCACAACGUCUACCGGCUUCCUCGUAAGCUCCCAGCAAAGCAAGUAAGCAAUAAGAUUCUGGUGGCGGCACGCACUUUCCUCAAACGCUCAAAGAUUCCUUGCUUCAGCGUCUGGCUGAAUAUGAGCGUGCGCUCAUAUUCUCAGCUCGCUCAAAGAUUCCUCUGCUGCGGCUGGCUGAACAUGCGCGUGCGCGCAUGUUCUCAGUUCGCUCAAAGAUUCCUCUGCUGCGGCUGGCUGAGCAUGCGCGUGCGCGCAUGCUCUCAGUUCGCUCAAAGAUUCCUCUGCUGCGGCUGGCUGAACAUGCGCGUGCGCGCAUGUUCUCAGUUCGCUCAAAGAUUCCUCUGCUGCGGCUGGCUGAACAUGCGCGUGCGCGCAUGUUCUCAGUUCGCUCAAAGAUUCCUCUGCUGCGGCUGGCUGAGCAUGCGCGUGCGCGCAUGCUCUCAGUUCGCUCAAAGAUUCCUCUGCUGCGGCUGGCUGAACAUGCGCGUGCGCGCAUGCUCUCAGUUCGCUCAAAGAUUCCUCUGCUGCGGCUGGCUGAACAUGCGCGUGCGCGCAUGUUCUCAGUUCGCUCAAAGAUUCCUCUGCUACAGCGGCUGGCUGAACAUGCGCGCGUGCGCAUGUUCUCAGCUCGCUCAUGCUCUCAGGCCCGCGCAGUACGUCCUGCUAUCCCAAUCGCAGGCCCGCUUUUUGGGGAUCAUGCACGCGAGCAAGCGCCGUGCUCAACAGCAUCCCGCCCGGGCCUAG